AUGAGAAAAGAGUUAUUUAUUCGCAUCGUCAAUGCUCUAGAAAAUCAUUAUGACUAUUUUACACAAAGAGUUGAUGCGCUUGGUAGAAGCUCUCUCACUCCACUUCAAAAAUGUGUUGCUAUCAUUCGAUUGUUGGCUUAUGGAGUGGCUAGUGACGCUGUGGAUGAAUAUGUGCGCAUUGGUGGAAAUACAACGAUACAAUGCUUAAAGAAAUUUUGUAAGUGUGUCAUCGAGAUAUUUGAACCUGAAUACUUGAGAAGGCCAACUGUGGAUGACAUCCAACAUUUGCUUCAAAUAGAGGAAGCUCGUGGAUUCCGAGGUAUGCUAGGUAGUAUUGAUUGUAUGCAUUGGCGAUGGGAUAAAUGUCCUACAACAUGGCAAGGUCAAUACAUUAGAGGUCAUCAAGGUGUACCAACUAUGGUAUUGGAAGCUGUUGCUUCAUCUGAUUUAUGGAUUUGGCAUGCAUAUUUUGGUGUUGCAUGUUCUAAAAAUGACAUUAAUGUACUAGAUCGAUCCUCGAUAUUCGAUGAGUUACUUGAAGGUCGAGGCCCAUAA